AUGGCUGCUUCUCUACCACACCCAAAGAUUGUGAAGAAACACACCAAGAAGUUCAAGCGUCAUCACUCUGACCGUUACCACAGGGUGUCUGAGAACUGGAGAAAGCAAAAGGGUAUUGACUCCGUUGUUAGAAGAAGAUUUAGAGGUAACAUUUCUGAGCCAACUAUUGGUUACGGUUCCAGCAAGAAAACCAAGUUUAUGUCUCCAUCUGGUCACAAGACUUAUUUGGUUUCUAACAUUAAGGAUUUGGAAGUUUUGAUGAUGCAUACCAAGUCUUAUGCUGCUGAAAUUGCUCACAACGUUUCUUCAAAGAAUCGGGUUGGUAUUUUGACCAGAGCUAAAGCUUUGGGCAUCAAGGUCACUAACCCUAAGGGAAGAUUGGCUUUGGAAGCUUGA